GGGUGGUGGUGCCGCCGCCUCGGGGAGCUGGUCGUGCGGGCGCCCUGUUCCCCGCGGGCUCUGCGCGCCUCUGCCUCCGCUUCUCCGCACUCCUUCCCGCGCCGGGUCUGGUCCGGUAGCGCUGCUUCGCCCCUCUCCCCGGCAGAGCGCCGGAGGGGUGGCGGUCCGGCGAUGGAGGGGCGCGGGCGGCAGCGCUGAGGAGGCUGAGGAGGGAGUGGGGGGGACGGCACCAUGCGUUCCCUGAACAUCACCCCGGAGCAGUUCGCGCAGCUGCUGCGGGACAACAAUGUGACGCGGGAGCAGUUCAUCGCCCUCUACGGGCUGCAGCCGCUGGUGUACAUCCCGGAGCUGCCGGGGCGCACCAAGGUGGCCUUCGUCCUCAUCUGUGUGCUCAUCUUCGCCCUGGCGCUCUUCGGCAACUGCCUGGUGCUCUAUGUGGUGACCCGCAGCAAAGCCAUGAGGACAGUCACCAACAUCUUCAUCUGCUCCUUGGCGCUCAGCGACCUCCUCAUCGCCUUCUUUUGCGUCCCCUUCACCAUGCUGCAGAACAUCUCCUCCAACUGGCUCGGCGGUGCCUUCACUUGCAAGAUGGUACCAUUUGUUCAAUCCACUGCCAUUGUAACUGAGAUUCUUACCAUGACCUGCAUUGCUGUGGAAAGACACCAGGGAAUUGUGCAUCCACUAAAAAUGAAGUGGCAGUACACCAAUAAAAGAGCUUUCACGAUGCUUGGCAUAGUCUGGUUGCUGGCACUUGUUGUUGGGUCACCUAUGUGGCAUGUGCAGCGGCUUGAGGUUAAAUAUGACUUUCUAUAUGAAAAGGUGUAUGUUUGUUGCUUGGAAGAAUGGGCCAGUCCGAUUUACCAGAAGAUAUAUACAACCUUUAUUCUUGUCAUACUCUUCCUUCUUCCACUGAUGUUGAUGCUCUUUUUGUACACUAAAAUUGGCUAUGAACUCUGGAUUAAGAAACGAGUAGGAGAUGCUUCAGUUCUUCAAACCAUUCAUGGGAGUGAAAUGUCUAAAAUAUCAAGGAAGAAGAAGCGAGCAAUUGUUAUGAUGGUGAUGGUGGUGUUUCUCUUUGCAGUCUGUUGGGCCCCUUUCCAUGUGAUUCACAUGAUGAUAGAAUACAGUAAUUUUGAAAAGGAAUAUGACGAUGUGACAGUCAAAAUGAUCUUUGCAAUUGUUCAGAUUAUAGGAUUCUUCAAUUCUAUUUGCAACCCCAUUGUGUACGCUUUCAUGAAUGAAAACUUCAAGAAAAAUUUUUUGUCUGCCAUCUGCUUCUGCAUUGUCAAAGAAAGCGCAUCACCCACCAGGAAACUUGGCAACUCGGGGAUUACCAUGAGGCGGCAGAAGGCAAGCGUUUCUCAGAGAGACCCCAAGGACUCGGAUGAGGCCAGGAGGGAGGCAUUCAGCGAUAGCAACAUUGAAGUCAAGUUCUGUGAUCAGCCUGCUUCGAAAAGGCAUUUGAAAAGGCACUUUGCCUUAUUCAGCUCUGAGAUCACUGUGCAUUCUGCAUUGGGAAAUGGACAGUAGGAUCACCAGGGUUUUGAGAAUGGGAAAAGCAUUCUUUUUAUAUGGUAAAUCAAACAACUAUUGCUUGCUCAGUUUAUUCCUGCGUCUGGAUGCUGGUACACUGCUGGAGCAUGGACAGCUGAAUGCCAGAAGAGAGGAACUACAGAGAGUGUGUGCAUAUUUUUUGGACAGCUUGGAAAUUUGACAUGUGUCUAAUACUGUAAGAUGUGCUCUCUGCAGCUCUGAGAACUGGGAAGCUUCAGCUACGACUUCAGGAAAAAUGCAGACUGAGAUGCAAUUCUAUUUUGGGGAAAAAAAAAAAUAAUAAGAAAAAUAUGGAAGAGCCAUCCAGAAUGUGACUCUGAAGAGAUUAAGAUUUAAACAUUGCGUGUAUCACUGAACUCUCCAACUGUGUUCAGAUUUUGUUAUCUGGAAGCAUAUUAGCAAUUAACAAUGCAUGCAUUAUUAAUGCGCUGUUUUUACAGGUUAAUUCUUGGGUACAAAUUUAAAUGCGGGUCUACUGUCCUGUAAACUGCAUUGUUAUGCUGCAAAAUGUGGAAGCUGAAAAAGUGCUGUACAAGAGCAUGUACAUGUUGGAGGUGUGGUCUGUAGAGUAAACACUGAAUUUAAUUUAC